ACCUUCAUGCGGGACUGCAUCCCACCAGUGGAAAGACUGGUCAUUACUUUGCGGUAUUUAGCUACCGGACAGUCAUUGGCCAGUCUACACUUCGCCUUUCUCAUCGGGAAGUCCACAGCCAGUAUGAUCGUCCCUGAAACCUGCGUGGCAAUUUGGGACGUCCUUCAUCCUGCUGUGAUGGCCCAACCACAGAAGGAGGACUGGCUGCAAAUUGCGGAUCAGUUUUUAGAAUCCUGCAAUUUCCCAAACUGUGUCGGCGCAAUAGACGGCAAACACAUCCGCGUUCAGAAGCCCAUAAGGAGCGGGAGUCAAUUUUUUAAUUAUAAAAAAUAUUUUUCAUUUGUUCUUUUUGCGGUGUGUGAUGCAAACUAUUGCUUCAGGUACAUUGACGUGGGGUCCUAUGGCAGCAGCUCAGACUCAGCUGUUUUCGGGCAUUCUGCCUUUGGGCAAAUGCUCAAUAAUAAUGAGCUGGACCUCCCGGGGAACACCACACUGCCUGGGACCACUUUUCCGGCUAUGCCCUUUGUUUUUGUGGGGGACGAGGCCUUUGCGCUGGGGGAGCAUCUGAUGAGGCCGUACUCCAGCCGGGGACUCUCCAUUGCCAGGCGGGUAUUUAAUUACCGGCUGACAAGGGCACGCAGGGUGGUGGAGUGCGCCUUUGGCAUUUUAGCUAACAAAUGGCGCUUUCUCCAUUCUCCCAUUUAUUUAAAAUUGGAAACCGCCAUCUCGGCCGUGAAAGCAGGGUGUGCUCUGCAUAAUUUUGUCCGUGUACGGGAUGGCUUUAAUUUUGAAGAUUCCCUCAGCCAUUCCUUUGAGAGUCCUAAUCCGAGCGGUGUGCAUGGGAACCGGCACGGUGCAGCUGUCCGGGACCACUUCAACGCAUAUUUUUUGACACCACAUGGGGCGUUACCCUGGCAAUUGGAAGCCAUCUAAGUUUAUGUUCAUUUAUAUUUUUUGUCUGAAAAGAGUGUUUAUAUAUUAUUUGAUUUUCAAAUUUUGUUGAUUAUUACUAGGGCUAAAUUAGAAAUUUGGAAACGAUCUUUUGUGCAUUUUGUUUUUAUCACCUAUAUAGUGCCCCUUGACGAUGCCCCUAUAGUGGCCAUCAAUAGUCGCCCAUUAACAAGGGUUAUAAAUAUGGGCGAAAUCAUGUGUCCCAUUUAAGUGGUCAAUACUCGGCCAGUAGAAUAUAAGCCAAGGAGGGUGAAAUAACAGAUCCCAUCAAGGUGCCCAAUACUGGCACGUUACAAACCGAAGCACCUAACAUAUGCCUUGCCACCCAUAGCCCACAAACAGUCUAAUUCUAAAAAGUACACAAUAUCAAUAACAACUUAGGAUUCAAAUCCCUCAACCCAAACUUAGGCCUACAUUUCAAAUUGAACAUACUGGGCCAUUGCAUUGUACCAGAAUGUGGGGGAGGGUGAACCAGGACAGUACUAAAAAACUAAAGGGGCGAGGGGACACUAUUACAACAUGGUAAUGUGCACAUCAUUCUUUGUAAACUAAGGCCACUGAGUGCCCAUAUACAAGAACAGGGAUGGUGAUGCUGCGUCCCUCCAGCUGUUGCUAAAAUCCAAGUCCAUGCAUGCCUGCACAGGCUCCAGCAAGG